AUGGGUUCUCUUUGGGACGAAAACGAUGAAAUCAAGCCAAUGGAAACAAACCCAGUUGUCGAUUGUGCCCAUACCCAGCCCAUUGAAAGUCAGAUUUCAAGUCCUCCAUCUCCUGAUGAAAAGGCUAAAUUUGAGGAUGCUCAUGAGAUAGUGCAAGAUACUGUGCCUUUUGAUGAUACUGUUCUAGUUGAAGAUGCAUUCGAAACUCAAGUGCUUAAUCUUGCUGGCGAAACCCAAGUAAUGGAUUUUGGUGCUGAAACCCAAGUAAUGGAUUUCGGUUGUGAAACCCAAGUAAUGGAUUUCGGUUGUGAAACCCAAGUAAUGGAUUUCGGUGGUGAAACCCAAGUAAUGGAUUUCAGUGGCGAAACCCAAGUCGUGGAUUUUGGUGGUGAGACCCAAGUAUUAGACCAAGUAUUAGAUGAUAUAAACUGCGUUGAGAACAUGGAAACUCAGUUAUUAGAGUUUGAAGAUGAAGUUGUCAGUGACACUGACAGUGAAGAGUCGGAUACAACUGAAGUUUUUGAUGAUAACAAGCAUCUAACUCAUGAUGAAUCAGUAAGAAGAGGUUCUGGUCAAGUAGUGAAUGAGGAGAAGAUUUGCUGCACUCCUUUUGAAAAUAGUGAAAAGGGAUUAACGGAGCAAGCCUAUAAUUCGAUCCAUGAGAAACAAAAUGCAGGGCUCCAUGUUUCUACAGAAACACCUGUGGAUAAAAGCUCCCCAGAACUGAAACCCGGAUCUGUGCAUAUGCAUUUCACCUCAGUCCGUGCUGCAUCCUUGCGGGCCUCUGGUCUAGCAGCUCGCUUGAAGGGCACAAAUAGUGAGUCUCCUUCUGUUCCAAGUAAUAGUCAGUGUUUGGAGCAACUUUCUGGGAAGGAUAAUGCAGUAUCUCUUUUAAGGGGUUCCACCAUAGGUGGGGAGAAAGUCAACCAGGAACAUGAUAUGGAGAGAUGUAAUGAGAAAAUAAGGAGGUCAACAAAAGAGAACAAUUGCAGGACUGGUAACUCAACAGCGAGAAAACUUUUUAAUGAGGAUUCAGAUGCUGAAGAAAAGGGAUUUCCUCAUAACAGCAGUACUGGUGAAGAAGGAGAAGGCGUGCUUCAGCUUCCUUGUAAUUUGGCAGGGUUAAGCUAUAUUGACUCACAAGAACCUGGUGAAUUAUCACAGGCUAAUGCACUUGAUUUUGUGGAUAAGUUCCUCCAAGUUAAUAUUGAGGAGUUUGAUAAAGAAGUUGACCGUGGAAAGAGUGCUGGGGAAAAUUCAAAAUUUGUCUCAAGUGCAAAAGGGCCACAAAGAUUGGCCAAGAAAGCCAUUGAUAAAAGCAUAGUUCAAAAUGUAGGCAUUUUUGAUUGGGAUGACAGCCGGGAGAAUGAAGAGGGAGGUGAUUUUUUCUGCCGGAGAAAGACAGACUUCUUUGGUGGUGGAAGCCAUGGCUGGAGAUCUCUUCCCCAAUCCCAGAAGUCCAAAGGGAACAGACAGGAGGGCCAGAAGGAUAACAAAAAACAAGUACAGGGAAAGAAGAAGAAAAUGGGUGUAAUUCAUUCAGAUUCAAAACUAUUGUUGCAUAAUUCAAAAUUCGACAAGAAGACAGAACAUGAAGAUGAAAUCAAACAUAAAAAGAAUCUCGCUAGUGAGUUUGACAAGCAGUUUGACAUCAACUCCCCUAGAGGACAGUUGGAUGCUAAUGUCGAAAAGAACAAUGAUCCUGAAAUGCUAGAUGUAGGUAUUGAUACUCAAAUGGCAGCUGAAGCUAUAGAAGCAUUAUUUAAUGGUGAAGGAAUUUCCAAUUGUGAUGCUAUUACUGCACUUCCAGAUGUUCAAGGAAAUCCAAAAAGUUCUCCUGAAGGUUCCAUGGGUGAAAAAACAAAGAAUACACUUUCUUCAAAGAAACACUCUUCUCAGAAAAGAGUACGUCUGUCUGAUGCAGGGGUUGCUUCUCGAGAAUCUCAACAAGCCAAGAAAACUAGGAUUGGUGCCAAAUCUGGGAAACGUUUUUCAAUUUCAUCUCCAGAAUAUUCUAAGACUGCCAGGAAGAAGUGCGAAACAGAGUUGCUUGGAGAAAUACCUUCUGUCGCUAUUGACCUGAGAACAGAAGGAUCUAUAAAAAGGCAUUUACCAGAUGUUGGUAAUUUUGUACCUGUUGCACGUCGGACUAGACAGUCUAUGGUGGUAAAUCAGUUACAGAAAGCUGACAAAGUAUCAAGUGAUUGUGGAGAAGAGUCGAGCUAUCAGACACGGAAUGUCGCAAUUAGGGAAAAAAUAAUUAGUUUUACAGGUGUUCAGAAGUCUAAAGUGCUAAAUGCAAAAUCUUCAAAACUAGGUUCCAAUAAAACUGGAAAAGUUGGAAAUACCAAACCAAGCCAACAGGAGUCGUCAGAUUUCAAGUUCGAAGCAGUUAGUAACGGUAUUAAAUUGGAUGUGUUAAACUUUCCCAAAAGAAGAAGAUCUCGGCGAAAUAUGUCCAUUCAGGUUUAUGGACCCAAUAACUCAGAUGGUCCAUCUGAGCCAUCUGUUCAGGCAGACAAAAUUGGACAACAUGUCAAUAGCCACAAAAGGUUGCGGAGUGGUGCGAAAAACAUUUGCAAUGAUAUAAAGUUGACAAGGAGGAUGCGAUCAUCUACAUAUGGAGAGCAGAAUUUGGAUGGAAAGUUUGCUCGAGAAAUUUUAAAAGGGGGUCCUGGGGAAGCUCCCCUUCGUUGUAAUUCUUCUCAUAAGGAUGGGAGAAUGAUAUCAGAGAUUAUAACUGGCAAGAAGGUAGUUGGGAUCUCUGACAGGAAAAGUGAUGCAAAUUGCUCUUCUGCUACUAAAAUGUCGGAUGAAUUCCCAAGAGAGAACUGUAAACCAUCUGAUUCAUCAUGUACUACUCCAGUUAACAAUAAGGUGCCUGUCAAUGCUGCAUCUCCUGUUUGUAUGGGCAAUGAAUAUUUCAAACAGACAUGCAAGAGGAGGCUGUUAGGGUCAAGUCUUUUGAAAGAAAUCCGUGGCUUAAGUGCAACUGUGUGUGAACCAACUUCAACACCAGAGUUAAGAAAGAGGAGAGAUAUGACUGAUGUUCGAGUAUUGUAUAGUCACCACUUGGAUGAGGAUAUAAUUAAGAAGCAGAAAAAGAUUUUGGCCCGACUAGGAGUUUCUGUAGCAUCGUCUAUGACAGAUGCCACGCACUUCAUAGCAGAUCAAUUUGUGCGUACAAGAAAUAUGUUAGAAGCUAUUGCUUUUGGGAAACCAGUGGUGUCACAUUUAUGGCUUGAGAGCUGUGGACAAGCUGGCUGUUUCGUUGAUGAGAAAAGUCAUAUACUAAGGGAUAAUAAAAAGGAGAAGGAGUUUGGAUUUAGCAUGCCAGCGUCAUUGGCACGUGCAUGCCAGCAUCCACUUUUACAGGACCGUAAAGUCUUCAUCACCCCAAAUACAAAGCCUGGUAAAGAAAUAAUUUCGAAUUUGGUCAAAGCAGUCAAAGGCCAGGCCGUGGAGAGAAUUGGUAGAUCAACUCUGAACGCUGAUAAAAUUCCAGAUGAUCUAUUGGUUCUAUCUUGUGAGGAAGAUUAUGAAAUAUGCGUGCCCUUACUUGAAAAAGGAGCUGCAGUUUACAGUUCAGAGCUGCUAUUGAAUGGGAUUGUUACUCAGAAGCUGGAGUUUGAAAGGCAUCUCCUCUUUUCUGAUCAAGUUAAGAAAACCCGUUCUACCAUAUGGCUGAAGAAAGAUGGCAAUAAGUUCCUGCCUGUAACAAAAAAUAAAUAA